CUGAUCCCGUUUCCUCCUGCUCUGGUCCGGGUUAGGGAGUGGCUCUCCCAGGACCUCCAAUGUUUUCGUGCUCGGGCACUGGCGUUCACAUGGCUUCAGUGCAUUGUUUCCUUCCAGGCAGUCUCGCUUAGCGCUUCAGUUUAGACAUUUAUUUUGCAUUCUGUGGUCUUGGGCUGCGUGUGCUCUCCAGUUUCUGCGCUCUCUCCACGCCCUUCCCAGUUUCCUGUUAGCCAAAGGGAUCGCUCUUUCUGAACGAAAAGUUCUCAGAGCGGAGUGCAACCUCCCGGAAAAUGCUCUUCUCUUCCGUGUGCGCCGGAUGGAGGUGGGGGUGGGCCAGAAACUAAACACCGCGGUCGGGAGAGCUGAAAGGACCCGAACCCCAAGGCAGAGGCGGGAGAGGGCGGUGCUGUGUCCCCGCAGGAAUCGGAGAGGAUGGCCGGGGCCGGCGGCCAGCACCACCCUCCGGGCGCCGCGGGAGGAGCGGCCGCCGGGGCCGGCGCCGCGGUCGCCCCCGCCGGUGCCUCGGCGGGGCCCGGAGACGAUUCUUCCGACAGCGAAGCGGAGCAAGAGGGACCCCAGAAACUGAUCCGCAAAGUGUCCACCUCGGGGCAGAUCCGGACCAAGACCAGUAUUAAAGAGGGACAGCUAUUGAAGCAAACCAGUUCUUUCCAGAGGUGGAAAAAGCGUUACUUCAAACUUCGAGGCCGUACACUUUAUUAUGCAAAGGACUCAAAGUCUCUGAUAUUUGAUGAAGUCGACCUCUCAGAUGCCAGUGUAGCUGAAGCAAGCACCAAAAAUGCUAACAACAGUUUCACGAUAAUCACUCCCUUCAGAAGACUAAUGCUGUGCGCUGAGAACAGGAAGGAAAUGGAGGAUUGGAUGAGCUCACUGAAGUCUGUCCAGACCAGAGAGCCUUACGAGGUGGCCCAGUUUAACGUGGAACAUUUCUCAGGGAUGCAUAACUGGUACGCUUGCUCCCAUGCCCGACCCACUUUCUGUAACGUGUGCAGAGAGAGUCUUUCUGGAGUCACCUCCCACGGCCUGUCCUGCGAAGUGUGUAAAUUCAAGGCUCACAAAAGAUGUGCAGUGAGGGCAACAAAUAAUUGCAAAUGGACGACUCUGGCCUCCAUUGGGAAGGACAUCAUAGAGGACGAAGACGGAGUAGCUAUGCCUCACCAAUGGCUAGAGGGUAACUUGCCCGUGAGUGCCAAAUGUGCUGUCUGUGACAAAACAUGCGGGAGUGUUCUGCGUCUACAAGAUUGGAAAUGCCUUUGGUGUAAGACAAUGGUACACACUGCCUGCAAAGAUUUAUACCAUCCUGUGUGUCCCCUUGGCCAGUGUAAAGUGUCUGUCAUACCUCCAAUUGCACUGAACAGCACCGAUUCUGAUGGUUUCUGUAGAGCGACAUUUUCAUUCUGUGUUAGUCCUCUAUUGGUUUUUGUCAAUUCUAAGAGUGGAGAUAAUCAGGGAGUAAAGUUCCUUCGUCGAUUUAAACAGUUGCUAAAUCCGGCUCAGGUGUUUGAUUUAAUGAACGGAGGUCCUCAUUUAGGUUUAAGAUUAUUCCAGAAGUUUGACAACUUUCGAAUUCUUGUUUGUGGAGGAGAUGGAAGUGUAGGUUGGGUUUUGUCAGAAAUUGAUAAGCUCAACUUGAAUAAACAGUGUCAGCUGGGAGUAUUGCCCUUGGGUACAGGAAAUGACCUUGCCCGUGUUCUGGGCUGGGGAGGUUCAUACGAUGACGACACCCAACUUCCUCAGAUACUAGAGAAGCUGGAACGAGCCAGUACCAAAAUGCUAGACAGGUGGAGUAUAAUGACCUAUGAACUCAAGUUGCCUCCAAAAGCUUCUCUACUUCCAGAACCUCCAGAAGCAUCCGAAGAAUUUUAUAUGACAAUUUAUGAGGACUCAGUUGCAGCUCAUCUUACAAAAAUCCUCAAUUCUGAUGAACAUGCCGUGGUCAUAUCAUCUGCCAAGAUCCUAUGUGAAACUGUAAAGGACUUUGUUGCCAAAGUAGAGAAGGCAUACGAAAAAACGUUGGAAAAUGCUGUUGCAGCUGAUGCUGUGGCCAAUAAAUGUUCAGUCCUAAAUGAAAAGCUUGAACAACUGCUUCAAGCUUUGCACACAGAUUCCCAGGCUGCCCCCGUUCUCCCAGGCAUCAGCUCUCUCAUUGUAGAAGAAGAUACCGUGGAAUCUUCCAGUGAAGAAUCUUUGUGUGAAAACAAAGAACAACUCACCGAUGACCCUGCAAAACCUUCCUCCCAGAAAGCUGUGAGACCAAACGAAAUAAUGUUGCGGGCAAACAGUUUAAAGAAAGCAGUGAGGCAAGUCAUUGAAGAAGCCGGCAAAGUUCUGGAUGAACAGAGUGUUCACCCUUGUGAACCAGUUAGCCAGUCAUUCGAUAAUGAUAGCACAGAAACAGAUGAAUCUAAAGAAGAAUCUAAAGAUGAUGGUGCAAAAGAGCCUUCAACUGUUAAAACUGCACCUGCACCUCGGUCUCCAGAUGGCCGGGCAAGUCGUUCCCAAACUGACUCUGGCCCUGGUCCAGCUGUGGCAACCAGCAAAGAAAACCUGCCUGUGCUCAACACCAGAAUAAUCUGCCCAGGUUUAAGAGCAGGAUUAGCUGCCUCAAUUGCUGGGAGUUCUAUUAUCAACAAAAUGUUACUGGCAAAUAUUGAUCCUUUUGGUGCAACGCCAUUUAUUGACCCAGAUCCAGAUUCCGUAGAUGGAUAUUCAGAAAAAUGUGUCAUGAACAAUUACUUUGGGAUUGGAUUAGACGCAAAAAUUUCAUUAGAAUUUAAUAAUAAGAGAGAAGAACACCCUGAAAAAUGCAGGAGCCGAACUAAAAAUUUGAUGUGGUAUGGAGUCCUCGGAACCCGGGAGUUAUUACAAAGGUCGUAUAAGAAUUUAGAACAGAGAGUUCAACUUGAGUGUGAUGGGCAGUAUAUCCCUCUCCCCAGUCUGCAAGGAAUAGCAGUGUUGAACAUUCCCAGCUAUGCCGGAGGCACCAACUUUUGGGGUGGAACUAAAGAAGAUGAUAUAUUUGCUGCACCAUCAUUUGAUGACAAGAUCCUGGAAGUCGUUGCAAUAUUUGAUAGCAUGCAAAUGGCAGUUUCCAGGGUCAUUAAACUGCAGCAUCAUCGAAUAGCCCAGUGCCGUACGGUAAAAAUCACUAUAUUUGGUGAUGAGGGAGUCCCAGUGCAGGUAGAUGGCGAAGCAUGGGUUCAGCCUCCAGGGAUUAUCAAAAUUGUGCACAAAAACAGAGCUCAGAUGUUAACAAGGGACAGGGCUUUUGAAAGCACUCUAAAAUCUUGGGAAGAUAAACAGAAGUGUGAUUCCGGUAAACCAGUUCUUCGAACCCAUUUGUACAUCCAGCAUGCCGUUGACUUGGCAACAGAGGAGGUGUCCCAGAUGCAGCUAUGCUCCCAGGCGGCAGAGGAGCUCAUCACUAGGAUCUGUGACGCAGCCACCAUCCAUUGUCUUUUGGAACAAGAACUGGCCCACGCUGUGAAUGCGUGUUCCCACGCACUGAAUAAAGCCAACCCGCGGUUCCCAGAGAGUCUUACGAGAGACACUGCCACCGAAAUAGCCAUCAAUGUGAAGGCACUGUAUAAUGAAACAGAAUCUUUACUAGUUGGCAGGGUUCCUUUGCACUUAGAAUCCCCACAUGAAGAGCGGGUAUCUAAUGCCUUACAUUCUGUGGAGGUGGAGUUGCAGAAGUUAACAGAGAUUCCUUGGCUUUAUUAUAUCUUACAUCCAAACGAAGAUGAGGAACCUCCCAUGGAUUGCACCAAGAGAAACAGCAGAAGCACAGUAUUUCGUAUAGUGCCAAAAUUUAAAAAGGAAAAGGUUCAGAAACAGAAGACAGGUUCACAGCCUGGACCUGGGGAUAACGAAAGUGGGCCAUAUGAAGCGAAUUCUCCAGGGAAUUAAAGAGCUUGGAAGGAGCACUCCCCAGUCUGAGGUGUAAUCACAUUGGUGCUAUUCCUUGGAAGGGAAGUAAUUGCUACUUAAUACAAAGCUCUUGGAAGCAGUUGUCUGUUUCUGUAGUCUUCUGCCUAGAAAAGUAAGCACCACUGAGCACCUCUGUGGCUUGAUAUUUUGCUGUGGGUGAAAAUUUUGAUUUGAGGUAUUAGAAAAUAUUUUCGUGCCAAAAAAAUACAUUCCACAAAGCCAUUUCCUUAUUGUGCAAACUUGACAUGUUAAAAUAUGCUCAUAUAAGUAAGAAGGUAGGAGGAAUCUGAGACAAUUGCAUUGUCUAAAAGAUGGAAAUGUUUACUUUCCUUAAACCUGGUCAGAUGGAAUGUUCUUACUCUGUGACUGCAUAACAAUAUGUGGCUAAAACUCUUAGGUUUCACUAUUGGAGGCAUUGGCUUCUUCCUUAAAAUAGUUGGUUAGGAGAUUAAGAUGUAAAUUAAGCUGUGUUUUGAAUGUUAGAUGGGUAUCGCCUCACUUUGCUAGCAUUCAGUGGUCAUAGAAUAUGGUUAAAACCCCUCAAAUAUUAUGAAUGAAUGCAAAUCUUAAUGCACGACAUUCCUGCCUGAAUUGUCUUUCUUUUUCUUGCAUGUCACAUGUAAUAUCUUAAAACCUGGCUUCCAUGUCAGUUUUAAUGUAAUUUAAUUUAUUACUGCCUAAGUACCUUUUUGUUGGUUAAAGGCACUUUUCUGUUCUUUGAUGUGGGAUUUUGGAUAAAUAUUCUGUAUCUGAGAAUUUGUGAACAUGUGUCUGUGCCAUAAUCAACAAAUGAUACACAUUUUAUGCAAGCCAAUUUUAUUUCACUCUAUUAUCAACACUAGGUAUGCACAGUAGGAAAAUUUUCUGGAUAUUUCCAUAAAAGUAUGUGUUCUAUUGCCGAACAAAACUUUUAUAGCUUCCCAAACCAAAAUUCCCACAUUUUGUUCUUAUCUUUGGUUUUAAUUUAGUGUUUAUUCAAUAACCUGUUUGUAUUUAUAAUAUAGUGGGCUGUUGACAUCCAGUUUUCUGAAGGUCUCAGCUGGGGUUUGUAUACUGAUCGUAUGCCGAUUGGUCACCCAGACUUAUCCACUAGCUAGAGUGACUACUGACACAACUUCCCAACAAGAGAUUUACAUUUUUUCUUAAGGGCUUUUAUCUCAUCUCAUUCUUAUACCAUUAUUACUAUUAUCUCACCUAAUUCUUAUAUCAGGCAGGUAUUAUUUUCUUGUUUCUAAACCACUCUACUUCAGUGUAGCUCAGUACGAGUCAACAUUACAAUUAUCAAAUCUUUGAAAGCCAAAGGCACACUUGUUAAAAAGUCACCAAAAUAUCCUCAGACGAUCUUUCUUUAGGCGUUAUGUACCAAAAAUUAAUUGUAAUAUUUCAAAAUCUCCUAUAUAAGAGAAGUAAACAGGGUAUUGACCCAGUGGUAACAAUUUUCAUGAAGUAGCCUUCUAAGCAGGUGCUCUGUAGAUACAAAUACACACACAUACACAUAUACACAUAUAUGUGUCUAUACACAUAUACCGUGUUUGUAUAUUCAUGCUUAACACACAUAAUCUUGAAAUGUACUCUCACUGAUAUUUUCUAGACAAUUAUUUGCCAAAUGCUUAAUGAGAAAUAUUAACGGGAAAGCACUUAAAAUGAACUAUUGUCAGACACAAUUUAAUUGUAUCAAAGAAGUUUAAACAUUUGACACUUUAUUCUUAUUUAUACAUUGCAUAUUUACUAGUAAAAUCACAAAAUUAAGACAUCUUAAAAAUAAAUGAGCCUGAUGGGUUCCUGACCAAAUAUGUCUGACUAUAUAUUCUACCUAAGUUGUGAAUAAAUAGAAAAUUUUCAAAGGAAAUUAUAUCAAGUAGCAUGAAAGAGUAAAAAACCACUCACUUAGUAAGUGUAUUGUUACCCUCAUCUAUGAAAUCAAAGGGCUUCUCUUCCAGUCCCUUGAUAAUCCGCACCCCCUGUCCCCUGCAAGUUGUCCCGCUCUCUUCCAGGCACUUCCCUGUGAAAUUAAAAUAGAGAUGGCAGAGUCUCGGAAUUCUGCUGAGGACACAGAUACCUGUCCAGCUCUACCAAAAAGAGAAAUGUAGGUGCAGAGAGGCAUGGGACUCACCAAUGAAUUUUGGGUUGAUUUUCACUCACCCAAAAUACCCCUUUGCCAACAGAAGAGACUUAAGCUAUUACAUGUUCAGAAUUUGAGAGUAAGAUGUAAAUGAUUAAAUUUUUUUGGCUGAUGUUGAUCUUUUUACUCUUAGGUAAUAACUCUUUAUGUUGUAAAACCUCAGUUAAUAGACUCUUAACUAGAGUUUUCCUGCAGAUGGCUUUUGGAUGAGGAAAAUCCUUUAAAAUGACAAUUUCAGUAUCUUUUUUUUUUUUUUUUUUGUCGUUAAAUUAGAGCAGUCUUUCCUGUAUGCUUUGUCUAUGCAUGGCUGUGUAGGAUCCACAUGACUUUGCCCACACCUGUUUGCCAAGAUGGUAUCCUCAGAGCCUCCUUAGGCCCCUGUCAGCCUCACAGAGGAGCCAGCUUCUUACAGUAGAUGGAGCUAUAAAUAGAAAGUAGAAAGAGCUUCUCUCUGGGAGGUGAUCCCAGCUCAGGGGAGUGCAGUUGUGGCCUCUGUACCCUGAUCCAUUCAGAAGCUGAGGUGAGAAGCUUAAGCCUACUCUUGACUGUCAGCUGUAACUGUACUGUUCCUCCCCGCUAUGCUCUCCCACACCUGGAUAAUUUGGGAGAGGUGAAGGGGAAUCACAGCCAGCAUCCAUUUCCUUCAAGUCUUAUUUCUGUGAGGAAGAACUUGCCUUUUUUUUUUUUUAAGAUUUUAUUUUUAAGUAAUCUCCCUACGCAACAUGGGCCUUGACUCACAACCCCGAGACCGAGUCACAUGCUACAGUGACUGAGCCAGCCAGGCAUUCCAAAACUUGCUUUUCAAGAAGGAAAGGGACAGGGUCAGGCCUAAGUAAAAUUUCAAAGGACUCAAUUCUUCCCUUCAGUGUUAUUCCACCUCCCUUUCUGAGUUUCCUUGCCAGCUUUUGGCCUCCCAUUUCCCACAUGCCCAAUGCAGUGAUGGUUGCUCAGAUUCUCACUACUCUUUGGUACCUUUUCUUCAUCAACUUCCAUACUACAGAAUGACUGCUUUCACCUCUCCCCGCUUGAGUGCCUGUUGCGGAUCCUCUGAACAAAGUGCUAGGAAGAAAACAAUUUAAAGAAAACGAAUUUUACAGUUCACAUUUUAAAAAAGGAAACUUGCUAAUCUAAAUGAACGGAUGGGUUAGAUGAUUUCGGGACCGUGAUAUAGAUUGCUCUGGCUGAGAAGAGAUGACCUGUGAAUGUUGAGACCCUUGCUGUCCAGUAUUAUAGGCACUUAGCCACAUGUGGCUGUUUAAAUUUACAUUAAUUUAAUUAGAAAGUUAAUUUCUCCAUUGCACCAGCCACGUUUCAAGUGCGCAGUAACUACAAUAGACAGUGCAGGUGUUAAACAUUUCCAUCAUUGCAAAAAUCGUACUGGCCAACACUGGUCUAGAUCAUUGCUACUCAAACGUGGUCCCUGGGCCAGCAGCAUCCAUGCCACCUGGGAGCUUAUAGAAAUGCAGAAUUUCAGGUCCCCUCCAGACCUACUGAAUUUCAAUCUUCUUUGUAAACAAGAUUUGGUGGUGGUUAGCACUGGCCUAGCCACAUUUUAUCGCUCCCAGAUAUUAAGGAUCCGAAUGCUUCAAAAAGCCCUCAAAUAGCUCACUCCCCAACCCACUACUUCCUAGAAAUCCCAGAAAGGAGCUUUAGCUCAUUCAUCACCUUUGCUAAGUUUUCUUCUGAAUGCUUAUUCCUAAUUCUGGUUCUAGAUAAACCCUGCCUACCCAGGAGUUGUAUUUGGGUAGCUAAGAUAGAAAGGGGAUGGGCUAGCGGGCGUAACUGGCCUCUCUCCAGCUCCCUACCUCAUGUUGAAGUCACUAACAAUCUACGUUUGCUCAGUUUCUUCCUAAUGUCACAUUCACAUUUGUUCACAACUUAAGUCACAGGGAACAUUUCAGAAGAAUAUGUAAGGAGAUAAGUAAAGACCAGGUCAGUCUCCUACAGCUCGUACAUUUCACUUUCUCUUAUCAUCAGAUUAUCCUGUUGACGUAGUUCAUGCUUGAGGAUACAAACAGCACACACACAUUAAAUGAACCAGUAAGCAUGGAAAAAAAAAAAAAAAAGAGCCAAAAUGAUUCCAAGUAAAGUGAAUGUGUCAUUAAAGCUCUCGGGAAGGCAUGUUUUGCUGGACUUUUUUUUUUUUUUUAAUGCUAAUUUAUCUUGAUUUUCAGACAGUUAAUAAUUCCUUAAAAUAGUACCUGAGAUAUAUUUUGAUCCUCAAAAUACAAAUUAUUUUAUUCUGUAAUAAGAUCUUUCCCAAUGAUAUAUUGUCAGUAAUCCUUCACUUAAUAAUUUUUACAUAUUGAUAUCAUUUACCAAAACAUUACUGGCUACAGAUUCUUUAGCUAAUUUUAAUGAAUAAAGAGGGCACCACUUGAGUCUUGAUAGAAGUUAUUUUUAACAGGCAUCAAGAAAGAAAAUAUUCAUGCAAAGCUAUGACUUAGAAAAUUACAGCGGAAACUUAUAUAUACAUCAUUUCUAAAGUACAUUAUCUGUUAUUUCUGACUGAACUGACAACACAGUGGACUCUCAUGUUCUACACAUGUGAAUCCUACAUGGAUAUAGUUUUUCACUAAAGUUCCUUAAAUGUUACAUCUCUCAACCUUGACAUUUAGGAUCUCUCCUGCCCUCUUCCUGCCAAACGAACUCAUCCUGCAUUUUUCAGAUGCAAGUUGGGUAAAACCAUGGGUUCAGAGUUUGAUAAUAACACAAGUGGCAGUUUUAAAACACCAAGCUUUUAAAGUCAGUUGGAAAGAGUGAAAAGUGAAGAUUCCUCAAAUACUAACUAUUGGUCAAUGGAAUAACCUCUCUGGGCAGUUCCCACAGCACUCGGUAGCCUCACCUCUCCCCCUCUGGCUUCCCCUUGCCGAGGGCCAUGGAGCCUGGAACCCGUCUCUGCUAUGGCAUCUCCCAGGUGACUUUUGUGUAGCAAUCUCCGUGUCAGAUGGGUAACACAAUGCCUCUGCAAUCGGAUGCCUUCUUAAAGAAACACGCAAAACUUUAAAAAGGCAAAGAUUAUUGGUUUUUAUAAUACCCAAAGGAUUCUUUACCUUUAUUAUUGUUCCUCUUUGUUAUUGUCUCCAGAUUUUGUUUUGAGAUAUUUCUGUUAGAAGAAAAAACUGUAAAUGUUUAUCAUUACAGAGAACAGAGAGAUAAAAGACAGCUGGACUGUACCUAUUUCUAUACUUCUUUCUGUUAUUUUCGGGAAAAUAACUUUAACAGUAACUGAGACUUCGUUAAACUCAGUAACAAUGUUUAAGAUAAAGACCCAUAUUACUACUGUAGAUGGACAGAUUGAUUCCCCUUAUGUAACUAAGAUCUUCUAUUUACAUAUAUUUAUAUCUUCUCUCUUAAUUUCUUAUGCACAUCCAAGUUUAAGUUGGAAAAAUAGAAACCAAGCCACUACUUAAAAGCUAUAAAAACUCCACCUAAAAUAUUUCAUUUUAGCUACAAGUUAUUCAUUGUAUAGGAAUUUAUAAAUAGCCUGGGUAUUUCAUAGGAACUGCAUUUCAAGAGUAAAUUAACCGUACCUAAAAGAACAUAGGGAUACUUUUAAAAUGCAUUAAGAUAAGUUUCAUAUUCCAUUGAUGAUGCUAUUGAAGUAGGAUAAUGCAGUUAGAUAAACAAGCUAAAAAGAAAAAGAAUAUAUUUUGUGGUCCUUACUGUUUGCACUAUUGUUUACCACAGGUUAGCCAUAUCUCUUUGUAUAUUCUAAGUAUUAAGCUGAUAUGUAGCUAAAGAUUUCUUACAGUUCUGGUAACUGGUAACUAGUGCUGUGAAAGGUUUUGGUAUUGUAACAUUCCCAGUUUUGUGAGUUAUAUAUUGUAUAUUGAAGAUGAUUAAUAAAUUGGAGUAAUAUAUUUAUCUAGAGCUGGGAAGAUAUGAUAAUUAUUUUCAAAUCUUCACGUAAGUUGUAUCAAAUUUGUUUCUUCCUCUUAAGUGAGAUAAAAGUCUCACUUUUGUGUUAAAAUGUCUAUUUAUACAACAGGUUUCUCCUUUUACUGGUUUUAUUAAUUUUCAUAUUAAAAUUUUUCUUAUCUUUUGAUACCAAAAUAAUUAUCCUGCUGGUUAUUCAAACUGCCAAGAUGUAUUUUAGUUUGCAGGAAUUUUGGCAGACAAAAUAUUUAAUAACAAACCAGCUUUGUAUAUUUUGUGGCUUUGGAGGUGAGAAUUCUACCUUUGAAUCUCUGUGUGAGGCAGUGCUCAUAUCAACAAACUGAAUAAUAAGACAGUAUUACUUGUGAUCAUCAGUAGAAGGUUUUCUCAAGUUGUAUAAAUCAGUGCAUUUAUUUAUUAUGUUGUGAAAUUUAAUCUUUAUACAAAAUGCAUAUUCUAGCUCUUUUCUUUGUUACUGCUGUGGCUUAGGGUAUAAUAGCUCUGUUAACGAUUUACUUACGUACUUGAAGUACUCAUUUCUGUCAAACAGAUGCCCAGUUUUUUUUCCUUCUUAAAAAAAAAUGGUAUUUUUCUGUUUUUACCAUCGUAGGUAACUGAAUAGUAAUAGGGACUUUGUUAAAAAAUAAUUUGCAUAUUUAAAAUACAUAUAGAAAAAAGGCAUAAAGCCAAAAUAAAAUCACCAAUAUUAAGAAUUUAAUGUAACCAAGGGAUUCACUGUGCUAGAUUUUGCCAAUAUAUAUUUUAUCUUCAAGUCAGAACUUCUGUGAUAAACUUUCCAUUUUUCUUUUAAAAGAGAGAGAGCUCUGUGAUUGUAUGCCAAUAUAACACUAAACUGAACAUUGAAACUCUCAAACCCCAAAAAUACCGCGUACUUCAAGGGGCCAGCUUUAGAUUCCAGGGUGAAUAUUUUUAAACACGUGUUUGCAUUUGACUCUUGUCUACUUUACAAAUAGUAACCAUGAUGGUUAAUGCUUUAUUUGUUUCUGUCAAUUAAGUCAGUGAGGCUUGAAUUGAGUUUUGAGUUAUGUUUGUUUUAAAAAAGUAUUCUCUGUUCAACUCUUUAAAAAGCUAGAAAUUGAAAACAUAAGGGCAUAACCUACCAACCAGAAUAAAAUCACAUGUUCUGACUUAAGGUGAGGCAAUGUUGCAUACCAAAGAAAACAAUUUAACUAGCCCUAAAUUCAACCAUUUUAUUGUUUUACAGUGUGAACAAUAGGUGAAUUGUGAACUAUUUAAGAACAAUAGUAGGAGAUUAAGAAUUUACUAUAAUUUUAAAGAUAUGGAGUUUUAUAUUAAUUUUACUGUUGUAUAAGCAAUGAUUAAAGGGAGAAAAAAACAUAUGAGAAACAUUAUAUGGAAAUAUGGAAACAUUAUAGAAGAAAAUGGAGCUUGAGCUGGAUAUUUGCCAAAGAUUUGGAAAUGAAUAGUUUGAACAUAGAUAUCUUUCACCUUGUACGGUAGAAACACAGAACAUGUGUUCCGUGUCUAGUAGGCACAAUACCACAAAACCUAAAAUAGUUACGAAAUGAUGUCUGAGACUGUAUCUGUAUGUUACCAAAAUAGCCAAUGAAUUCAGGGAGCUCAUCCCACUGUUGCAAUUUAGAAGUCAUUUAGGCAGGUAGUUUGGAUGACCUCAUCAUUUGUGUUUAUUACAAAGUGAAUGUCUGUGCUUUGUCAACUUUGUGAUUGACAGAAGGAGAAUGAGUCAGAAGGACUUAGCUAGUUCCUAUAGAAUAUUUGUAAAUGUGGAUCAGACCAUACCACACAAGUUGAAGAGAUUUUCAUGAACUUGCUAAGCCUUGAGAUUUGUUAGCAGUGAUAGAUUUUCCUUUUACUUGAAACAACAAAAGAUUAUUAGAAUUUACAAUAUUAUAAAUAGCUGAAUUAUAUGAUUCUGCAGAUGGGUAUAUGGUUUAGAUUUAGGUGGUUCUGUAACUGACUCUGGCACUGGCUCGCUAUGCCUUUUCUACAAACUAUGUAUGUUUUGGUGUUGCAGUUUUCCCAAUGAGACAUAGCACUCAAAAUGAUCAAUUAUAAGUACUUGGUAAUUCUUCUUUUACCGAAAAAAUGAUGUAAGUGUGAAUCAUACUUAAAUUUACCAAUUGUUUUUUCUUUAAGUGUAUUUGUUUUGAGAGCACAGAGACAGUGAGUGGGAGAGGGGCAGACAUCUGAAACAGGCUCCACUCUGACAGCAGAGAGCCUGAUGAGGGGCUUCAGCUCCUAAGCUGCAAGAUCAGGACCGGAGCCGGUCAGACGCUCAACCGACUGAGCCCUUCAGGCGCCCCUUAAAUUUACCAGUUCUUUCCCACUGUCAUUUGAUAUACAAAGAAAGACUUCCAAAACUAUAGCAUGAAGAUUACAAGUCCAGAUUAAUAUCCCUGAUGUUGCAUUUGAAAUGAAAGUGAAGUUACAUUAAUCCUCUCUGUAGCAGAGUAGGGGAUGGGUAUUUUCACCUGUUUACUACAGGUUCAUAUUAUUCAUUUAAAGGCAGGCUAAACUCUCAUUUCUAAAAUCUUCAGAAAUUCAGAUUCAUUUUGUUUUUUCUACAUUCACCGCAAACAACCAUUGUAUAGUAGCAGAUUGGUUGAUUUUUUUUUUUAAUUAAGACCUUCAUGUCUUUUCUUAGAUUAACACCCAAAAGAGAAAAAUGUCACUUUAAAUCAGUGGUUACAAAAAUGAAAUACGGGACUUACUUGUUUCAUGCUGUGACAUCGCUUGCUCUCUGUACUAAAUGAAUUCUGAAUGGUUUUCUUGCUGUUUGAUCUGAAGCAUGGAUCGUUAGCUACAUUUCCUGGCUGUGGAAUGGUACUCCCUCAUGAAAAGUACCUGCAAAACUUCCUGUAAAGAAACUAAACUGGAGAUUAUUUUAAUUAUUGCCAUAAUGGAAAUCUGAAUUUAGGGGAAAAAAUUCGAAUAACCAUGUUAAAAUCAUUAAAUAUCGAUGAAGGUAAGUGAAUAUUGCCUUCUAUUUUUACCUAACAUUUGAAUUCAGUCACUAACUGAUAACUUAAAAAUUUUGUCCUGAAUAUAGCAUAAUAUGAUAACUUGAAAGUCCUGUUACAUCCCCUUCCCCUAAAAAUGUUGAAAUUAUAAAAGGCUGUAAACUGGAUGAUAUAGAGAAAAGACCAAAGCAGAACUCGUUUGCAUGGGAUUUGGAUCUGUCUUAAUGACACAGCCUAGUUUUCAUGAAGACGGGUCUCUAAACAAUUCCAGAAUGAUUUGGUAGAGUGACGGGAAGAAAUUAUUUUUCUGGGUAUUUGUGUCUCACAAUGACCUGAUAUACAGACGGCCCUAGUAUAAUUAACAUUAAUUAUAACUUCUGUUAGAGCCUACCCUGUUUACAAAUCUGUUGUGCAGCGAUUUUUUAAUAUACAUAAUGAUGAAUGAAUUGCGAACUUGGACAGUUCUUUUGUUUCCUCUCCUUCUUUGACUUGAAAAGCUUUCAAAAAGCUUUUGAGAUGACAUAAUUUUCAUAGCAACAUGAUGUGACUGCCUGCUUCUGCCAAGAAACUCCUGAACUAAAAUAUGGAACAAAACAAGUGCUUAACCCCAAUCUUGUUUUUGGAUUGUGUUUGCAAAAGCAUUCCAUAUAUCAAAGUUUUCUCAGUAUUUAUGCAGUUGCAUAUUUCAUUUUUUGUCCGUCUCAAAAGUUGCAUUGGCAUUUUAUGUUCCAUUUCUAAUUAUAUGCAGUAAAGUGAUAAUUCCAUUGCCGUAGCUCAGCCCUCUGCUGAUACAGACCUUCGUGAUUUUUCUCUCCUGUGCUUUUGCCGUAGUUUUUCAGCAACCGGUUUUCCUACAUACAUUGUUUCCUACCUCUAGUUCAUCUUCCACAUGGUUGAACGGAGUGGGAGUGGUCUUUCUGAAAUGCAUUUUCUUUGUCAUUCCUUUGCUACAAUUUCUUAGGUAGGUUCUUUUUUUUUUUUUUUUUUUUUUUUUUUUUGGAGCAUAGCAACCUAACCCCUUACUGUGAUAGAUAAGGGUCUCUAUGGCUUUGCCUCUUCCCAUGUUCAGCUGCCAUUUCCUCUAGAGGCCUUUUGUAAUUCAUUGCCUUAGCAUAAUCACUUGCUAGAGAUCAACUCAUUCAAAACUCGGUUCAGAUUUAACUUUCCGUGGAGCUCUACCUGACUUCCCAAAGUUAAGUAUUUCAUUCAUGUUGCAUAGCAUCUUGAAACUUUCUCUGUUAAAAUAACAUCAUAUUUCAGUAAUUUCAUGUGUGUGUGUGUGUGUGUGUGUGUGUGUGCCUGCCUUUCCUCCCCCUACCAAAUUUCUCCAUCUUUGUAGUCUCAGUGUGAAGCUACCAUAUAAUAAGACUUCAAUAAAUGUUUUUGAAAGAAUGAAGGUCCUAUGGAACCCAAACUUCUCUAUAAUUUUAUACUUUCACAAAUGCAAGCUUAGACUUCCCUGAGCCACACGAGGGAUGUGUGUAUUCAUGAGCAGGUGAGCAUGUGUGCACUCUGGGCACACGUGCCAACAGGAGAUAAACAUCAAGGAAGAAAGAUUGUUUCGAAAAGGAUAAUCAUUUGUUAGUUUUUCGUCAGAAGUGUUUACCAAAUCUGACCAAACCUGAAUUCUUGUUUCUAAAAACGAGGCUUACAAAAUUUUCAAAUCGCUGUCAAAUUCUUGUUUGUAAUUCAUGCAUAUGCCCUAAAGACCACCUUGCUGUUUCGCAGACACAUUUAGUGUCUACAGUCUAUAUAAACACAUGCAUUGAUCACCUAGACAAAAUAAGGAAGGAUAUUUGGGAAAGAAUCAGAACUAAUAAUGAAGGUGAAAGUUUCUCAAAAGUAAUAGCCAACCAGAGAUCUAGGCUGAAUUGGUGUGAUUUCAGGUCAUUUAUAGCUAAGGAUUAUUUCAUUUUUUAUGAUGCAAAUGUAAGAUGGCUUGUUUGUGCCUGUUGUCUCCCCCUUCUAGAACAUAAAGACUAAGAUCUAUUACCUAAGCGUUUGUUUUGUUCUUUUCUGAUUCUAUAAAACACUUCAGCCACGUCCCCAAAUCGUGAUAGAGGUCAACACAAAAAUUCUUUACAGUUAAUAAUUCCUAAAGUUAAAUAGUAAUCAAAAAUGCAUGUAAUUAAAUUAAAUGCCCUCUUCCUUUGCUCAUGUAAGAGACAUUUUUCCACCUGCUCUGUACGGGGCACUUGAUUAGAUGCUGGUUAUACAAUAAAAUAGUCUGUCUUCAGAAUUAUUUUCUACAGUCUGAGAAAUUGGGGGGACACUGUUUAAACCAAAUGUUCCUCAGGUUAUUUUAGAAUAAUCUCAUUCCACCCCAAAAAAUCAACUUUGCGUCAUGAAAUAUUAAUCCCAUUUUUAUGUCCAGUUUUUGCACUUUCAGGUCAGCCAUAAAUAAUUUUUCACCAUCACUCGUCAAGUAUAUCUUUCAUCGAUCCCGUAGAACCCCAUCUCUAUAGGUGCUAUGUGUGGUCCAAGUGGCUAAUAGAUUUCUAGAACAUGAAUUCAAUGUCAAGUCCAUUUUAGAAAGGCAUAUAUCCCUAUUAAUGCCAUACACUAAAAUAUAUGAGGUAUGGCUGUAAACCCACAGCAGAAGGAAAAAAAUUAUAAAGUAAUGCUUUCUAGUAUAGUUCAAAGACUCCAUUUGAAAUUAAUGGGUUGAUAUUUCCACCUCAAUUAUUUUUAAUUUUUAAUGGGAGUAGAGAGUAAUAAUAUUUAACAGGUAGCAUACUUAUCUGAGCAUAUAGUAAAUAUACUACAAGUAUUUGUAUGCCACAAUGCACUGAUAUUGAUGAAAGAAAGCAAAAAUAUUUGACUUAUAAAAAAUUAACUUCUCUGCAUAUUUAUUGAUGGUUAGGCAAUAGGGUUCCUUUAUGAGAAGGAAAAAAAAAUAUUGUCAGUAAGUAUGGAAAAAACAUUAAGUGUGUGUAUUUUUACCUUUUGAUAGGCAUAUUUUGAAGUCAUUCUUACCCAUCAAUAUAAAUAAAGUAUCAACCAUUUCUUCGUUCUCUAGGAAAAGAAAUUUUUAGUUUGAUACGAUUUUACUCUUUGUUCGAUACUGUAAAAGGUCCACAAAAGGAGGAGACUUGGCUGGACACUUAAUUUACCUUCCCAUAAAGAUAAUCAUAAUUAUUUGCCUCCUGUUUAUUAUCAUGUUGAAAACCUGACAGUGUAGCUCCUUUUGUCCCUCACAUUGCAAAAGAUAGUUUUACUCUAGCCUUUGCCAUAUUAUUUAUAGUUAAGAAUUUACUACAUUUUGGUAGUCUGUUUUGAAACUUUUACUUGUAUCUGAAAGAUGCAGAUCAUGUCUAUUUAUUAUUACACAACGGGCUCUGUUUGCUGCAGAAAAGAGUGAAACUUUUAACUGCUUAGCACAUUUGCCAGUGAAAUAUACCUGACAGAGCAGAGGUUAUAACUUUGGCUCUAAUUACUUUUAAUAAUGGUAAGGAAAUGUGUUUUGUUUGUUUACAUGCUGUUUACAAUGGCAUAAUUUUUUAAAUAUAUACAAUUGAGAUAUUUAUUGCAUACUAUUUUAAAGAUGUUUUAUGUGUUUUCACCUUUGGAAUAUAUUGUUACAGUUACUUAUACAGAUAAUUUGGGUGGCUUUGUUAAUGUAGCUAGUAAUUUUUAUGACUACUAAGUGACCAGUUUUCCGUGCCUUUUAUUGUGGGAUGCAUGAUUAUGUAUUUAUUGUACGGAAGUCACUGAUGUGUGUAUUUUUGUACUUUGCUGGGAGUAAUGGUUGAUCUCGAUGUACAUGAUGAUGAGAGAUGCCUUUCCCAAAGGGCACUGCCUUGAGAUCGUCCUUCUCAAAAUAAAAAGAAUGCAUUUGGAGAA